AUGGAAGGAGAGGAGAACCCAGUUGUGCCUGAUGGCAAUGUUGGGGUCAAGGUCCAGGUCGAUAAUGCUAUCCGGGCCAUUAAUCAAAAGAAGCCGGUCCCCGAGAUCGACUUCACCCUUCAUACCAUGGAAGAUGGCACCCAAGUGAGCACAUUGGAGAGAGUAUGCAAAGAUGUGCAAGCACCUGCCAUGCACCCCCCGACAGAUGAGCAGUUCUUCUCCAGUCAAGAUCCUACAAAGCCCGAUCUUGCAUUUCUCAAGCAACACUUCUACCGGGAGGGACGACUGACGGAAGAGCAAGCGCUAUUCAUCAUCGAGGAGGGCACCAAGGUGUUGAGGCAGGAACCCAAUCUCCUAGAGAUGGAUGCGCCCAUCACAGUCUGCGGCGACGUUCAUGGCCAAUACUACGAUCUGAUGAAGCUAUUCGAAGUUGGCGGCGACCCUGCGGAGACGAGAUAUCUCUUCUUGGGAGAUUACGUCGAUCGGGGAUACUUCAGUAUUGAGUGCGUGCUGUACUUGUGGUCGUUGAAGAUCUGGUAUCCAAACACUUUGUGGCUUCUUCGGGGCAAUCACGAGUGUAGACAUUUGACGGAUUACUUCACAUUCAAGCUGGAGUGCAAACACAAGUAUUCCGAGAAGAUCUACGACGCGUGCAUGGACUCUUUCUGCGCGCUCCCCUUGGCGGCUGUUAUGAACAAGCAAUUCCUGUGCAUUCACGGUGGCUUGAGCCCCGAGUUACAUACCCUUGAUGACUUGAAGAACAUUGAUCGAUUCCGCGAACCGCCCACACAGGGCUUAAUGUGUGACAUUCUCUGGGCCGAUCCUCUGGAGGAAUUCGGCCAAGAGAAGACGUCGGAGUAUUUCGUCCAUAACCAUGUCCGAGGUUGCUCUUACUUCUUCUCGUACCCCGCGGCGUGCAAUUUCCUAGAAAAGAACAACCUCCUCUCGGUCAUUCGAGCGCACGAGGCCCAAGAUGCUGGAUACCGGAUGUAUCGCAAGACUCGCACGACCGGAUUCCCCAGUGUCAUGACGAUCUUCUCGGCUCCCAACUAUCUCGACGUCUACAACAACAAAGCCGCGGUCCUCAAGUACGAGAAUAAUGUCAUGAACAUCCGACAGUUCAACUGCACCCCGCACCCUUACUGGCUGCCUAAUUUCAUGGAUGUCUUCACCUGGUCUCUUCCCUUCGUUGGUGAGAAGAUCACCGACAUGUUGAUCGCGAUCCUGAGCACGUGUUCCGAGGACGAACUCAAGGAUGAUAUGACACCCUCUUCAAUCGGGUCGUCCGGUGCGAUCUCGCCGCCGACAAGCAAUGCAAUGGAUCCAGAAUCGAUCGAGUACAAGAGGAAAGCUAUCAAGAACAAGAUCCUGGCCAUCGGCCGGCUGUCGCGCGUGUUCCAGGUGCUGAGAGAGGAAUCGGAGAGCGUCACGGAACUGAAGACGGCCUCGGGUGGGAGACUGCCUGCGGGGACGUUGAUGCUGGGAGCCGAGGGGAUCAAGAAUGCAAUCAGCAGUUUCGAGGAUGCACGAAAGGUUGACCUGCAGAACGAGAGGCUGCCGCCAACUUCGGAGGAGGUCACGAGACAGAGUGAGGAGGGCAGAGCGCAGGCGUUGGAGAGGGCCAGUAGGGAGGCGGAGAAUGACAAGGGGUUACAACUGCUCUCGCGACGGCUGAGCACGUAA